UGCGCACUGUGCCGCCGGCCCUCCCGGAAGCGCAGAGCUCGGCUCGCGCCACGUCUAUUACCUUAGAUCCUCCUAGGAUCCGGUAGCCGUCGCCCCAGCCCGCGGGGGGCGCAGCGCGCGAGCCGCGGCCCUCGAGACGGGACCGAGAGCAUCAUGGGCAGCACUGUCCCGCGCUCCGCCUCCGUGCUGCUUCUGCUGCUGCUCCUGCUCCGGGCCGAGCAGCCCCGCGGGGCCGAGCUCACCUUCGAGCUGCCGGACAACGCCAAGCAGUGCUUCCACGAGGAGGUGGAGCAGGGCGUGAAGUUCUCCCUGGAUUACCAGGUCAUCACUGGAGGCCACUACGAUGUUGACUGCUAUGUGGAGGACCCCCAGGGGAACACCAUCUACAGAGAAACCAAGAAGCAGUACGACAGCUUCACGUACCGGGCUGAAGUCAAGGGCGUUUAUCAGUUUUGCUUCAGUAAUGAGUUUUCCACCUUCUCUCACAAGACGGUCUACUUUGACUUUCAAGUGGGUGAUGAGCCUCCCAUUCUCCCUGACAUGGGGAACAGGGUCACAGCUCUCACCCAGGGCUUCAGGGUCUUCUGCCUGUAGCUGCCAAAGGAGGAGGGAAUGAGAAAAGCCCAUCUAUUUCUUAAAAGCCCAGGCCCAGUGGGAAUACAUAUCACCUGCUCAUGUCCCAUGGGUGAGAACUUAGUCGUGUGGCAAACCUGGAUGAAAGGAAGGCUGGCAAGUAGAGCCUUAGCAACAGCUCCACACUAUGGAGGAGAAACUGACAUUUUGGGGGGAUAGUCAUGUCUGUCACCCAUGGCUGUCAAGGUUCAUCAUUCUCUGAUCCCAUCCUCCUUCAUCUGUCUUCCCUUCUGCUAUUUAAGCUCCUCCUUCCCUUUCAUAUGCAGGCUGGGGGCUUCCUGAGGGCUAGUACCCUGAAUGAUUUACUUUUGUAUCCUCAGUGCUUUAGCGCAUAAGGUGGGGCACAGGAAUGAGCUCACCAAACACUUGUCAAAUGACUGUCAGGGCCCAGGGAAACCUGUAAGACAGGAAUAACCAUCGAUAGCAGCACGUGUGCCAGAACCAAAGCUACAGCGUCUUGAACUUUCAAGGAGGCCAGAUGAUCUUCUGGGCCGCCCUCCAAGGUGGCUCCCUUCCUCUGUGGCUCUGGGCACACUCACGAAUGCCUGUGGAUUCAUUUGCGCAGUCUUCCACCUUCCCUAAGCAGUUGGAGGCUAGAGCUGCACUGUUCAGUACAGUAGCCAGUGUCUAAAUUUGGGUGUUUAAAUUAAUUGAAAUUAAGUUAAAAAUUCACCUCCUCCUCUGCACCAUAGCAAUACUCCAGGUACUCAAUAGUCACAGGUGGCUAGUGGCCAUGCAUAGAAAGUUCCAUUGUCCAAAACUGGGUUUGAUCUUUGAGCUCGGCAACGUGACUGCUGUUAGAAGAUCCAGCCAAGGGUGUGUAUUGUGUGUAAGAUCUUCUGUAACCAAUACUCUUGAGAGUUCUGUUGGCCACUGUUGGGACAGCCUCCAUUGGGAAGAUUCUGUAAGUCUCCAAAAGCUGAGCUGAAGAACUUCCCCCUUAACCAGUAGAAAACAAAUUGGUAGGAAAAGCCUUAAAGAAUUAGGUCAAUAGAGACGUUCUUUCCUGGAGCCUGAGCAGUAGUUUGAUUUUGUUUCAGGAAAGGGUGAUUUAUGCUUCCCUUUUCUUAUAUCUUAGAACCUCUUCUUUGCUCCUGCUUAGCCUCAAAAGAGCCGUUUCCUUCCACUUCUCUGACCCCGCCACCUUGAACCAUCUGUGUCUGCUUUUGAGAGUACUUGCUUUUAUGCCAGCAUUCACUCAGUCUACACACUGUGCCAGCAGUGGAUGGCUCUGUGCCUGGUGCUGGGCACCCUGCAAGGAGCACAGCCCUGCAAGCCAGUUGGCCAUGGGGCACAGUGGUCAGAGCUGUAAUUGAAGCACCAGGGGUCUUGAGGAGGCGCUGAUGUAUUCUUCCAGGAGUCAGGAAGGCUUCACUUGAAAAUGUAGAAGCUUGGCCUCCUAGGUGAAGAGAACAGGUGAGAUUUAUGGAGUGGAACUUUCAUUCUUCUUGCCAGUGUUUUUUAUCUUGCUUGGCAUGGGUCCCCUUUUACCCAGCAGCUGCUGUCUCGCCUCUCCCCAGACUUCUUGCAGCACAGUGGUGGGCCAGAGGCCAUGGUUUCUGGCAUGAAAGUAAGUAUUAGGUGAAAGAACAGGUUCCAUAGUGACCAGGGCCCAGGACAGGGAUUCAGGCCCAAAGGACUUGCUUCAGGCCUGAGUUCAGGAAAACCAGGCUCGUAGGAGAGGACCUGGGCCGGGAGAAUGCGACUUCAGGAAAGCCAAGCUCGACGGGCUUCCAGGCUUCCUGAGAAUCUGGGCAGAUCCUGGUCAGAGCUGAAGGUUUCUGACAGAGGUCAAAGGCCAAGAGCUACCUCCCUGGUGGUCUAGGAAGGAAUAAAUGUUUUCUUAAGUGCUCUGAGGCCAGCUUCUACUUCCCUGUCUUUGAGUUCUUGAAGAAUUUAAAGAAGCAGAUACUUGGGUCAGGGGAGGCCUGAUGAGGUGAGGGCUGCAGGAAUUUGUCAGUGGUUACAGACUGAAGACCUCGGCAUCCGCAGGUGGCUGGGACAGGAUGGGAUGUCAGCGUGGAGAUGGAGGAAAGGGAUGGUGCCAGAGGUGGGAUGGGUCAGGGUGUCCUAGAGACCAACUGUCACUAUGAAGUGGCAACUAUAAUCCCUGUGAGGCUCCAGGACGCUGGAAGCCAGCCAGGACUGGUGGUCUUAGCAGGGCGGAAGGUCACACACGAGGAGACCUGGGGACUCGUGGCCUGGGAAAACAGGACCCUGAAAACAGAGGGGUUCCUUUGGUUUUCUGCUGGGUGGGAAGCUGGCUGAGGGAUUGCCUAACUGAAAUUUUGUGGUAACAGGCUGAAGAGGUUUGUUUUAGACGAGCGCUAACGGAAGAUCUCAGUGGAUGGGGAAGUAGCAUGUUUUUGUGGUGAGGGUGAGCAUCCAGGUAGCUGUGAUUCUUGGGGAUGAUUCUCGGGGAUGUAUUGCCCUGGGGUCUCUUGCAGCAUCUGCGCAAGGUCCUGAAGGCGUCUGCAGGUGUUAGUUGCCAAGCAAGCUGUAGAGUAUCACCUGUUGCUCCAUUACCCUCUUGGAACUGGUCCCUUUGCUAUCACUGAUCUGAUCUGAGAUUGUUCCUUUAAAGGCCACUGAGGCCUCUUCAUGCAGUCUCAGUGCCGGUUUCUGGCCUGUGUCACUGGAUCUAGGCCUUUGAAGUGAUGCUUCACAUAAAUAUCUGACUCAUCCUCUGUCUUGGUGUCUACACUUGUGAUUUCUGUGUCCUCCCUCUUCUUCUUCCCUUCCUCCUUCCUCUCCAGUGAUUCUGGGUCCUGGUAGAAGGCUGGAGAUGCUGACCAGUAUUGCUGAAUUCCCAGGCCAGGGCCUACGGUCCAAAGAGCCCCCAGUCAAGUGAGUCCAGUGUACACUUUGUUUCUGAAUGAGUUUGUGACACAUAAACUUGGAGAAUGGAAUUCUAGCCUAGAAAAUAAAAUGAGCCCUUCCGUAGUGUUCUCUGAGGAUUUAUACAUACAAACAUCUAUGCAUAUGUGUACAUAUGAAUACAUAUGUGUGCGUGCCAGACACAUACAUAUACACAUAUACUACCUAUGAC